AUGAAUCCAAGAAAGUUUCCAUUUCUUGCAUUUCCGAUCAGGGCAUUUUUACCUCGUAAAGGAUACUGGUCAUUUACUGAGGGCAUCUCAUGUGAAUAUGUUCUAAUCCAGGAACAGAAGACUUGGUAUGGGGCACAAGCUUAUUGCAGAGAGAACCACAUUGACCUGGCCACUGUUCAAAAUGAUGAUGACUGGGCAAAUCUACGAGACACCGUUUAUAAUAUGGCUAAGAUGGCUUGGGUUGGACUGUACAAUGACAUUGAUAGCUGGCGUUGGUGUUAUAAGGAUGAGAAAAUUACAUUCCAGAUAUGGUCCACUGGAGAACCAAACAACUACGCUGGACAUGAAGCAUGUGGUUUGAUGCAGUAUAGGACAUGGAAUGAUUGGAAUUGUAAUGAACUAUUUCCAUUUUUUUGCUUCAAUGAGAACAGCACAAAAAGGUUUGUUUUCGUUAGCGAUGCCAAGACCUGGAAGGAGGCUCAGAUCUACUGCAGACGGUAUUACACAGACCUGGUCAUCAUUCGGAAUCAAAGUGUGAAUAACAAGCUGACUGUGAUGAUGCAACCAUAUACAAGUGGUUGGAUUGGUCUUUUCAGAGACACGUGGAAAUGGUCAGAUGCAACAAAUGUCUCCACUUCCUCCGUUACCUGGCUGACUAAACAACCAGACAUGAUUACUCUGCAAAGCCCUUGUGGUGUUUCAGAUGCUGGUGGUAUGAUCAGUUAUCAGGUCUGCUCAGAUGUCCUUCCUUUCCUCUGCACGCACCGUACAAAGAAACAGAUUGUGAGAGUGAAGAUAAAAAGUGGUCAUAAUCUAAAUGACCCUACAGUGUUGAAGGUUAUCUUACAGUGGACAAAGUUGAAGCUGAAGGAAUGGGGGAUUGAAAAGGAAACAAGAGUGGCAUGGAGAGUUCAGCCAAAUGGAAAUGUGUUUUCACGUGCUUGAAAACAAAAU